CAGAGACCGAGGCGCUUCAGUCAGAGGCGAGACGCAACAAUAAGAGGAUGUGUCGCGUGGCGUGAGCCACAAGUAUUUUUCCCCGUCCAAGGACAGACAUAGACUGUGAUGAAAUUGGAAGGUUUACCAUCCUCCUAAUAGUCAGUGUAACAUCUAAAACCAAAGAAUAUAAAAAGCGACAUCCUCAUUUCGGCUGUGUAGACAAGUGCCAGAUUUCCUAGUCCCGAUUUGUUGAUAAAAAGAAAGGCUCGACAAGUAAAUCGCCCGUAGUUCAAAAUAACUUGUUCUGCAUUCCGUCAAAAAUUGAUAACCAAGUGGCUACGCGAAUAUGAGAAUAGAGAUUUCCUCGGCGGCCCAAUUCCUCGUUGAUUUGGUGCGCUUAAACACAACCGCGUCGGCUUUGUCAGAGGAACAGUUGGAAAGGUUCAAAGGCAAUGUUAGCGACAUCCUUCAGCGGCAUUACACUAACCACUGGUUCCCGGACAAGCCUUUCAAAGGAUCGGGAUACCGCUGCAUCAGAAUCAACGGCAAGAUGGACCCUCUUAUUGCAAGGGCGGGCUUCAUGAUGGGGCUGGCAGUCUCUUUCCUUCGGUCUCUCUUCCCUUCGGAACUCACGAUGUGGGUCGACCCGAGGGAGGUGUCCUACCGAAUUGGGGAGAACGGCUCCAUCUGUAUCCUGUACGAAGGGGGCGAGAAGACGAAGAAGGGCGAAGAAGUGCUGCCGUUGCCUGCCCCUGCCCCGACGGAAGCUGCUGCUGCCGCCACCAAGACCCCUGAGAAGUCCGUGCAACAGCAGCAAGUUCCUUCAGCUCCUUCGACUCCUGCAUCCCAACAAGCUCCUUCUCCCCCACCCGCCCUUCCCCAGCAUCAUCAACUUACUCCUCCUCCACCCCAGCAGCAGCAGCAAGUCCAUCACCAUCAUCAUCAGCAGCAUCACCACCACCACCAUUUCCAACAACACCAUCACCAUUUUUCGCCGUCCAAGUCUGUGGUGGUCUCUAGCCCCCUCCAGCUGUCGCGCCCAAUGUCCCCUGUGACUCCGCAACACCAAAACCAUCACCAGCAGCAAGUCACGGCCAUGCAGUUGAGCAUGAUCUUCAUGAACAAAGAGAGAGAACUCAAGUGCAAGGAAUCUCUCCAGAGAGGGCUCGAGGUGGCGCGGCCACUGCAGAUGGAUCGGCUUUUCGUGUCGAGCUGAGCCACAGCGACGACUACUUUCGUGAUCUCACCUACGCCAACAGUUGACAGUACAAUCAGGGACCAACAGGUGAUCAUUAUUAAGAAGACAUCAUUAUUAUUAUCAUCAUCGCGGUGACAUCCCCACCUAUAACAACCCAAUAUAUAUAUAUAUAUAAUAUAAUUAUAUUUACACAUUUCUGGAAACGGAAAACUGCCAUGAAAAAAUGAAAAUGUGUCAAUCUCGGUGGUUUUAGUAGUAAUCAGCGUCUUUUGGAUGAAGAGAAAUAUAGAAUGAAACCACUUCGCCCUUAUCACAACGGUCAAAUUAUAUUAAGAUUAUUUGUAAACAUUUAUAAUUAUAAUAUUAAUAUUUAUGUACAUAAUGAGCUAUAUAUAAUAUACCUAUUAGGUGUUGUGGUAUGAGUGUUAUGGUCUAAUCAAUGGAAGAGAGACGCUGUGGUCGACGUAAAAUUUACCGGAAGACAUUUUUAUCAUCAUGGUAGGAAUAAUAAUAAUAAUGGAGGAAACCACUGGAUGAGAAAAUAAUAUUUAUAGUUAAUUACAUGAUAAUUAAUUAAAAUAAGAUCACGUGUGCUGCUCUGAUGGUGAUGUGUGCGUGCAUGUCUCUUCCGUACUUAUAAUAAUAACCCGUAAAUACAACCUCCUCCUCCUCCUCCUCCUAACCCUGUAGCAAAUAGCUGUGGUUCAAAAAAUGCCCGGCACGAACCGGCCAUUUGGGACCAGGAAUCGUAUCGGUUCCGUUUAUUCCAAGUCUCAUGGUGCGGUUCAGGGCUUAUGUACCUUAGCGACCAUGGCAAAAAAGCUCCUGGGGGUUAGUGCCGAGAGCUGCGAGUGUGUUGUCCGUUGUUAGCUCUUUCAAAAGUAUAAUUCUACUUUUGGAGUAACAUCAUUGUCAUGGAAGAGCCAUCUGGUAUAGAAUCGAAGAGAGAGAGAGAUGACGAUGAUGAUGAUGACAAAUACAUCCUUUUUUGGAAGUCCCAACCUUCCUUCCAUCCAUCUUUUGAUCUUGAAUUCGACGAAGGGCCAGACGCGAUCAUCACUUAUGAAUGCUGAUGCAACUGCUGCUGCUUUCAUUAUUAAGAUAAAACACAACAGUUUCAUACAGGAGAAGAAGAUCUAGAGGAUCGUCGUGAUGAUAGUAGUAGUAGUGGUCGCGGUGGUGGUGUGAAGAAAUUUUUAUUUGUGAUAGUACAGCCGCGACUACCUAUUAUUAUUAUUAUUAUUGUUUUCCCUGGCUCAGUCAGUCAAUAGCACACACUCCUCCUCCACUCAUCAACAUCCCAGUUUCACCUAAAGACUGAAACAAAACUUAUUCAGAUGGUACAAAGUCAAUUUUUAAAAAGUGUCUGUGAUUAAUUCGGUCGCAGUAUUUUUCUUUUCAUUUUAUGAAAAAUCUAGCUCAGUUCAACAUCUGUGUUUAGCUUUAGCGACAAUUUUUUUUGCUUGAAGCAAUUCAUGGGUAGUGAUAUUGUGUACAUUUUUUUUCCUUGUUGGUGCAUGCUUAUCUUGUAAUAUAUGCCUGUAAAAAGCCUAUUUUGUUCCACAAAACGUCUAAUUUUACUAGAAAAUCGUUUUGUACAGUAUAAAUAAAAUGUCCAAAGCAUUGAA